UCCACUUUAAAAAGUAGUUUAAUUAUUAUUAUUUCACACCAUUUUUUCAUAUCUCUAUCCCAUUUUAUUGCAUUUGAGCUAAGAGAAGUUGAAGAAAAAACACUUGAAGGAAAAGGAUGGAGGGCAAUACAGUGUCUUGCUUCAUCUUGCUAGUUCUUCUAUUUCUUCAUAUGUUUGCUGAAGGAAGAAUUGAAUCUUCCAUGAGCGAAAUUGUUGAAAAGAGGAAACAAAUUGAGAUGAAUGAUUUUAUUGAAGCAGCAUCAAGUACAGUACAAAAUCCCAUCAUAAAAAUGGUGACCUCAAUUGGAGAUAAUAUUCAAACUUCCCAGGAUGAUCAAUUUCCAAUGAAGAACAAUAAUAAUCAUAAUGAUCAUUCUUCUUCUUCUACAUCUCAUAUGAAUCACAAUAUAAACCCUUUACUCAUAGUUUUCUUCACAAUCAAUGACCUAAAAGUUGGGAAAAAACUCCCAAUUUAUUUCCCUAAAAGAGACCCUUCAAAAUCCCCUCCAUUUUUACCAAAAGAAAAAGCUGAUCAAAUCCCUUUCUCCUUCAAACAACUCCCACAAAUCCUGUCUUCUUUCUCUUUCCCUUCAAAUUCCCCUCAAGCUCAAGCAGUCAAAGAAACCCUCCAACAAUGUGAGCUCAAACCCAUCAAAGGAGAGACCAAAUUUUGUGCAACUUCAAUGGAAUCAAUGUUGGAUUUUGUAAAAACAUCCUUAAUAAUUCCUAAAAAAUCUUCUCCAUUAUCAUCAUCAUUCAAACUUCUCAAAACUUCACAUCUCACAAAAUCCAAUGUCCAUUUACAAAAUUACACAAUCUUUGAUACCCCCAAGUUAAUUUCAGCCCCUAAGCUCGUGGCUUGUCAUACUAUGCCAUAUCCUUAUGCUAUUUAUUAUUGUCAUUACCAAGAAGGAGAUAAUAAUGUAUUGAAAAUUGCUUUAGAAGGUGAAAAUGGAGAUAGAGUGGAUGCUUUGGCAAUUUGUCAUAUGGAUACUUCUCAAUGGAGCCCUACACAUCCUUCCUUUCAAGUCCUUAAACUUCAACCAGGAGACAUGCCCAUUUGUCAUUUCUUUCCUGCUGAUGAUUUUGUUUGGAUUCCAGCUCCUUGAAGCCUUAAUAAUUAUGUGUAAUAUUUCAAUAUCUCUCUUUAAUUUCAAAAAAAAAAAAAAAAAAAAAAGAUGAUAAUAUAUAGUAGGAUAUAUGUAAGGUUAGUUGAGAAGAGAUGAGAGUGGGAGAUCAGACCAGAGGUUGGAAUGCUCCUAUCUUCUCUCAUGUUUGUUUUGAAUUAGGUAAAUAUAAAUUAAAAGUAUGAUGGGAUGUGUUUUCAUAUGAUCAUGCAAUAGCGUGUUUAUAACAUGUACGGGUGUAGAUCAUCGAUGAUUAUGUAAUAAUGUAUUAAUAUUAUAAUGUAAUAUUAGCAUAAUUUUUGGUA